AUGACUUCUUUGGCCAGCCAGAAACCUUUCUUACUCACUCUCCCUCCAGAGAUUCUGACCCAGAUAAUAUCUCUUAUUGCAGACUCGACUGAUUUCAGAUCCGUUCAUUCACUCCUAUUUUCGUGCAAACAACUCUACGUAAUUGCACUACCCUUCUCAGUACAGACGUUUUGCGAUGUCCCGAGAGCUGAAGUGCCGAAGGAAGGAACCGUGGUUCGCUCCCGCGUUGUGCAGUUUCUUUCAUACGUUUCAAUCAUCAAACCCGAGCUUGCCCGACACGUCCGCACGAUCAGACUGUAUGAUUGGCUGACUGAUAGCUAUCGCUGUGGAACUGUUCAUAACGAUGCCAAUGAUACGGUUUUCUAUAAGCAACAGAUUUCAAAGAUAUAUUCUGAAAGCUUAGGAUAUCUUACGUUUUGGCGUGACCAAUGGAUUGGCCAUCUAGAAGCAAGAAUCGAAGAGGCAGCAGUGGAUCUUCUACUUGCUGUCUGCACAGAGAUCAGAAAUUUGACAUAUGGCUACCCUCGAGAUCCAAGUUGCUUCAGCAGCACUCUAGUAGCUGCUACUGGAGCCUUCAGAAGAAGACGUGUCGAACACCCUCCCUGCCAGUUGCUAACUAAGUUGGAGAAUGUUAAGCAUGAGGCGGAAGCUAUCUGGGAAGGGCGUCACUCAUUUUACGACCACGCACAAUGGCUUUUUCGAAUCUCUAGUAUUCGCUCAUACGAAUGCGUUGGAGCAUGCAGCCCCCAAAUGGAUGAGUAUGCCCUGGACCCAUUGAAAGAAGGGUGCUCGAACAUUCAAUCAAUCAUCUUACGAGAUAGUUGGUGCGUCCCUCGAGCCAUUCGGUCUUUGAUCGGAGCGUGCAAGGACCUUAGAAAGUUCACAUAUACCUGUGAUAUUAAAAAAAGGACAGAAUAUGAUGACUUCGAAACGACGGCCCGGGAUAUCAUGGAAGCUCUAUUGCCCCAUGAUAAUAGCCUAGAAUACCUUCAUCUUGAUUUGAUGGAAGAAACCCGCACUAACUCUUGCUUACGCGGACCACGAGAGCGACUGUAUAUGGGUGUUGAGCUGAGACAGAUGCACAAGUUGAAAAGCCUUGCUGUAGGGUCUCAGAACAUCUGCGGGCUUCUGGCCAAUGGCAUAGUGUAUCACUAUACGAGGGAUGCAUCUAUUCAGCCUCCGAGAGUCGUUGAAUGUAUUCCGGAAUACUUGAAACAUCUUGAGAUUUAUAGCUGUGGGAGAAACAUCAUCAGCCAGCUUGAGGAAUUCCUCGACACUCUGAUCUACCCCGAUCGGUUCCCUGAACUAUCAUCAGUCAAGUUUAGCUUCAACGAGGAGUGGGUGGAAAAAGAGGGGAUCAAAAGCCUCAUAUCGAAGAGACACGGUUUAGAUCUGGAGGUAAUCCGGCGUUAG